GGGAUGGCCGUGGUCGAGGCUGCUGCAAGGCGAUCGAGACUGCUGCAAGGAGUCGGAACCCGAUCCGCGACCUUUCCUGAUUGCUGGAUUUCUGGCCGUUUUUGGCAAUUUCUGGCACUCUCGAGCAGGUAUUCCAGUGGCUUCCUUGGAUGAGAAUACUUCAGCUGGGCAGGUUCGAUGAACGCUGAGUGCGCGCUGCAUUGUUACUUACAUCGGCUGGAGCAGGAGCGGUGAUGACUGGGGGGGUCGGUGUAUCUGCAGUGACAAGAUACCAUCGACGAAGAAGUACGACCGUCCUCCGAGGAGUCUGCAGAGGCACUGCAAGAUCGAUCCUCAAUGCUGUGCCGUUGCGCGAGUGCGAACCAGGAAGUUGUGGGCGGGAAGUGUCGAAGACUCGAAGUACUACUUUCGGACGCGCGGGCAGAUGUGAGCCAUCACAACGCUCGGCCUCGACGCAAUUGCAUUGUCCGGACUCUUUCGACAAUCCAUUAUUGAAGCUUGUCCACCUCCAACACGACUCGUGUCUCAAGAGGCGUUUCCUGAACGCGAGGAAGAGCCCAGAGAAGCAGAGAGAUCCGCAUUCCCGAGUCCAUUCCGGUUGCUGUGAUACAGACCCAUCAGGUGAGAAAAAUCAAGAAUCACCACUCUACAUACGGAAUCAUCAUUCGUUGCAACUGAUUCGCCCUCUUUUCGUCCGCUUCAAUCUGAAAUCGGACCUAUCGUAAAGCUUUGUCUUCUCUUCCGGGACGUUUCAACCCUGUCUGACGCCUGAUGGAUCAACCGCGUGUAAGGCACUUCUGCCAAUAGAAACAUAAUAUGGACAUCAGGAACUAUUCGCCGGGGUACAAAGGCACUGAGAUUAUGCAGUCUGUCAGCCUGGGGCCAG